AUGGAGAUUCCUCAAGGAGCGAGGAAGACGAAGAUGGAGAUGGAGACGAGGACUAUCUAUCUGGCUUUGGCUCUGGCUCUGGCUCUCCUGAUAGGAGAGAAGACAAGUGGCCACCCAACAGCUGAUGAGGUAGAGCUCCAAUCCAAUCCAAAGGCAGCAGGUCAGGAAACUGACGGAGAGAAGAGAACAAGGCGGUGCUGGUGCUGCAAAACGUGCAACAACCUAUCGCACUAG